CUGAACUUGAAGAAGCAGGGCAUCCAGUGCAGACAAAUUGCGCCCUGCCAUGUCAAUGUGGGACUCCAUUGCAAAACGAGAACAAAGAAUGCAGUUCCAUUGCGCCUUUUCUUGGCUCAAUCUCAACUCAACCUGCCUGCUAAGUCUACUGUCCUUAAAGUACUCUCGAGCUGCCGUGGCUGAGCUUGGAGACAAGAAGCAAAGACAAGAAGAUCGAAUGGCAGUGAUCUGAUGAAGAAUUGUCAUAAACCGCUCUCCUUUGAUUGCUCUUCUUGAAUCAAAAGGCCAGAGGUCAAGGUUCGCGUGGUUAUGACAAGCAGCGCGGUGACACAGGAUGAAUCUAAGCCCCACCCUGCAGCGAAGCCCUUCAUUGAGGAGGACUACCUCCUCCCUCAGGGGCUUGCAGCGCCGGACCAACUGGACGCUCGUCGUGGUGGUGCUUACGGUCUUGCACCUGAGUGCCACUUUCCUUUACUACACAUUUCUUGCUGGGACAGGGGAAGUGAAGCAGGGAGGAACUCCCAAAAAGGUCGCCAUCAACUAUGAUGCUGAGGUGGCCCUCUUACGAGAAGAGCUGGCCCAGUCCCAAGAGGCACUACGUGAGGAGCGUCUGGCACGGCAUACGCUGUUAGCAACAGACCCCGGGGGCCGCAGGGGCCAUCAGGAGAUCGAGAUAGUGUUCCCCUUGGGGCCGGGGGCUCUAGAGACCAAGACCAAUGGCGUGCUGCCGGACCGGACGAGGGAUCCCUUGCAGCCUCUCAUAAGCGUCAUCAUCUCAGCGCGGAAGCAGGGCGGCACCAUCAGUGACGCCAUACAAAGUGUGUUUGCUCAGACGUACCCCCAUUGGGAGCUCAUUCUGGUAGACGACAACAGUGCGGACGAUACGGCGGCCCGCUGCCGGGAAGCGCUUACGAAGCACACGCAACACCCCGUCACCUUCAUCCGGAAAGGGAGCACGGGCAUCGUGGAUGGGCUCAACCGGGGGCUGGAACUGGCGCGCGGCGACUGGAUUGUCGCCUUGGCUCCAACUGACCGGCUGGCCCCAGGUUAUUUUGCUGAUGUUGCGGAGGGUGCGGCUGCAGACUUUCGGGCUCAGAUUUUCCUGGGGUGCAUGGAACUAGAGACGGGAAAGCAACGCACGUGGUGCUUUCCAGACGGGUGGAGCCUCAGUGGGCUGACGCAGCCUAGCGAUCUGCCUUUGGGGUUUGCAGUGCGCCGCGACCUGGUGUCGGACGUCGGGGGGUUCGAUCCGGCGUGUCCGGAGCAAAUCCACCACUGGAACUUCUGGCUGUCCGCCCUGCGCUACCGCCCAAAGGUCCGCUUCCUUCCCAAGGUAGUCCUCUUCCACGCGUCCGGCGAGGCGUCCGAUGCUCUUUCUGCGGACGGUCACGAGGGCUACGUGUCGGCAGUAGAGCGCGCGGAAGCGGCGGCCAUGGUGCGGACGCUGCAUCCCGACGUGUUCGAGCCGAGCCAGCUACUUGCGGACCACGAAACGCUCGCCUUCAUGUCCACCGAAACGCUGACUGGGGUGCUGAGCCGGUGCUACCAGUUCCCGGGCCACCCGGUGCUCCCCUUCUGGAAGGGCCUCUACUGGGAGGCGCAGGGCGAGCACGUCCAGGCCGUAGAGCUCGUGACGGAAAGCCUGCGGGCCGCGCAGAACGGCACGCGCUUCGCCGACCGCUGGCAGCAACACUUCUGGUUAGCGUUGUUCCACGAGGCCAACGGCAGCCUAAUGGCGGCUCUGACGCACGCACGGUUGGCGCUGACGUUCAAUCACUUCGACGAGCUGCUGCGCGCGCUGUCGCGGUUAGAGAUCCAGGUUAACGGGCUGAAACCCGGGGUUAGCGGGGCGCAUUUGCUGCCGGUGCCGUACUACUGGUCCAACGAGGAGGAGGUGGAGCGGAUACGGCAGCGGUCGCUGUCGGGCAAGCUGGGGCGGCUGGCGGAACUAGAGGCGGGCCUCGGCCGCACGCGGCGCAAGCACGUGGAGCUGGUGGCGCUGCUGGAGACGCUGAGGGACCACCCCUGCCAACAGAAGCAGGGGCCCCGAGGCCCUUUCAACCUAGUUCGUAACCCGCACUUCGACGGCCGCCGCGAGUGGUUCAAUUUCGGGUUGGGCUUCGACAUCGACCCCGCCAACGGCCGUUCGGGGAAUGUGAAAGAGGAGCAGCCCGCGUUGAGCCUGCAGUCGUUUCGGCUGGACGAACAAAGGGGCGCCAUGCAGUCCGUUACCGUGGAUCAGAGAGUUGCGGGGCCUAUUCUCAUCAGCGCCUGGCACAAGGGCCAGGGCGUGGUGGGACCCGCCGACGAGGGCCUGGGCCUGUUGCUCGAAGUGCACUAUCAGAACGGCAGCGACGUGUUGCAAUCGAUGGUGCACUUCGCUCCGGGGACGCAUGAUUGGGAGGACGUCAGCGCAGUCGUCAGCGGCGGCGCGCCCAUCGCCUCCAUUGACGUUACCAUCCUCUUUGUUGGGCACUCUGGCCAGCUCUGGGUGGAUGACGUCGGCGUGGUCGAGCUUCGAAAAGCCGCUUGCCUUUGCCCUCCAAAUACGUUCUACGACCCGACUCCAGCUCGGGAGUGCAGUCCGUGCCCUGAAGAGCACGUCUGUGUCCAUGGGUUCAAGGUAGAGAGAGAUGUCGGCAUGUAAUGAAUCUGAAACUGACAUCUGGUUGCUGAAUCAUCCGGUGACCAGCGACGCGCGAAUAUGAGACAGCUUGACAGGCGACUGUGUCUUAUAACGCUGUUAGAACCCAGCAUGACAUAACCCAAAACAAUUAGCUACACAAUUUCAUUCAGAUACGAAAAAUAGACGUUGCUUGUCAGAUUUCUUCUCCGCCUGCCGCUGUGCAACGAACCUAUGCCGCCCG